UUCCAAAGUACAAUUAGUACAACAGUCCAAACAUCUCUGAUCAGCUUCAGGACGCUCGCUGUUCAAAAACAAUCUACUUUGAAGGGAAACAGUGGGAAAGUAACAACAGAAAGACUAAAUAAUUAAGGGAACAUGGAAACGACAUCAUCACUAUUAAAGUCCGUCUCUCGUAUGGUGUACUCGCCUCCACAGCGGCCAUUCAAGGUGACCUCCCAUGACCGUAGAAUUAGGAAAGGUAUCACCGCGGCGACUUUGCAGGAGCUGAUGGAGAAGGUGGCCGAGGUGCUGGCGCUGUCCUCUCUCUUAGCGCUAGUGUGUGAUGAGGAUGGAACCGAGGUGGACUCGGAGGAGUUCCUGACCGCCCUGCCGGACAACACCGUGUUCAUGGGCCUGGAGCCCGGGCAGACUUGGGCAGCCCACAUUACUCUUCCGAGGAACAGUGGGGUCAAGCCAUCUGAGAGCAAACCCAAGACGGGCCAGGGCAUCGCCCGCGUCGUCCUGGACUUCUACCGCCUCAGCCCACAGGACCUGUUCGGCUCGCUCAGCGUCAUGGCCACGUUCCAAGGCAUGUACUCGGUCGGAGCGGACUUCCAGAUGCUAGGUCCCAAGAAAAUUCUGAGGGAGACCCUCCGGAUGGGCUCCAUGCUCCUCCAGACCGCCGGCCACAUGCUCAUCACGUGCGCCUCCAUGAUGAAGCGUCUCAUCGAGGGCGCCGACCUGAUCCAGAACCAGCGUGGGCCCGUCACCUACAAAGCGCAGUGGAACUGAUGUCCCUCCAAGUGGGGACUGUGGCAUGCCGGCAUGCCCCCCUGCCACCACCACCACCCCCCCCCCCCUACCCCUACCACCACAGGGCAUCAGCCACUGGCACAGUAUCAACAUGA